GCGCCUGCAGGACUAGUACCUCAUGAUCGGGAUCACUUGUGUACAUUUGUCAACUCUCAAACGCUGUCAUAUAUUAGGUAAGACAAAGACAAAGUGCACUGUAGUGGUUGGUGUGAGGACAGAAUGACAGUGGACAUUUGAGACAGCGGCAUGCGGCAGGCGCUGUGUUUCUUCUUCACAGUAUUUGCGCUUCCACUGUGCGCUGUUUGGAUGUAUUUAGAACAAGCAGGUAAAGUAAAGAUGCUUUCACUAGUUUGCCCCAGACUGAGUGCGUCAGGCGGUGGUUUGGGGUCUUUAGGACCCUGCGGACUCUGGUCUGUCUGUUUUUGGGUGUACGGGCUCAAGACUGAUCGCAGGUGGUGAAUUUAACGGUUUUUGUUUGUUUGUUUUUUUAUAUAAACGAGUUGGAUAAUCAGUAUUCACCGUUGUACUUGCACAUGAAUCGUCACAUUGAUUCGUGAGCUUUAAGAGCGUAAGAUGGUGGCUCUUUGCUACAAACUAUGUCUUUUAUCCCUUUGUUGAUCAUGUCAAAUUGGAGCUGAGGGCACCUGCGGGUUUGAGAGCUAAAGCUAACGGCUAAAAGCUAACGUACGUCAUAAACAAGCACAGUCUGGGUCCGACAUGCACUCAAACACCACGCGGGGGUUCUUGUGGUCGGACGUAGAGACGAGGACCUUGUUGAACAUCUGGGGGGAACAGGACAUCCAGACAGCGCUGGACGGGAGCUUUAGGAACAGUUUCGUUUAUCGCGACGUAGCGUGUAGACUGGCGGCGAUGGGCUUUGACAGGACCCCGGAGCAAUGCAGGGUGCGCAUCAAGAGCCUCAAGAGGCAGUUUUUACUGGCUAAAGAGGGAAAUCUACGCAACAGUGGACAGUAUCACAAAAUCUGUAAAUUCUAUGACAUUAUGGAAGGAAUCCUGAGCAAUCGUCCAACUUCAAACCCGCCAGAGAUGUUGGAAUAUGGGCCCGGAGAAGAGGAAGCCGGGGAUGCGCUGGAUGAAGAGGGAGAGGAUGCUCAGGAGUCACAUUCUGAAAAUACUGAGGACUCUCACUGUCCUCCUGAGACUGAAGUCAAGUUGGAGUAUGGCAGCAUACCAAGCCCUGUUCCUGUUAAAGUAAUAGUGAACAGAAAUAGUGCUUCUGUAAAACCUCAAUCUAGCAGCCAUAGAGGAAACACUUUGCCUGCUCGAACACCCAAGCGACCCCGGAGACGCCGAGCUACCUUUCCCUUAGAGAAUCUUCUGGAACAGUUUCUAGAGCAGAGUGCCCAGGCAGAGGAGAACUUCUAUCGAGUUGAGGAGCAGCGUUUAAAGGCAGAAGACUGCAGAAGAGAGGCUGAACAUGGCAGAGAGAUGCACAUGCUCCAGAUGUUGGGACAGAUGUUUACCAGCAUCUCCUCAACCAGGCCCUGUUCUUCUGACACCCAUACUACAUGUACAGACAAUCAGCCCAGUCAUAUCAGACACACCUCAUCACAAGCGGAGUCUUUCAAGCCACACACACCAGUGUCAAACCAAGAUUUACAACAUUUAGGAGUGUUUGAGCGUUUCUACAGUUUAAGCUCUAAAUCACACCACAGAAUGGAUGAUGGAAUCCUUGCACUGGUGAAGAGAACAAUCCCUCCACUAACAUCCAAGAAGCAUAAAGGACAAGAUGGACGGAUUGGAAUCAUUGGAGGAUGCCAAGAGUACACUGGAGCACCUUAUUUUGCUGCAAUUUCUGCACUUAAAGUGGGGGCUGAUUUGGCCCAUGUGUUUUGUACUAAAGAUGCUGCACCAGUCAUUAAAUCCUACAGCCCUGAAUUGAUUGUUCAUCCGAUCUUAGACCGUUCAAAUGCAUUAGAAGAAAUAGAAAAAUGGCUUCCAAGGCUACACAGUGUUGUGGUGGGACCAGGGCUUGGGAGAGAUGAUCAUAUACUUCAAACAGCUAAGGAAAUCAUAAUUAAGUCAAAAGCUAGAGACAUUCCUGUCGUCAUAGAUGCAGAUGGAUUGUGGCUAGUUACACAGCAGCCAUCUAUUAUUCAAGGGUACCAUAAGAGCAUCCUUACACCUAACAUUAUGGAGUUUACCAGACUGUAUGAUGCAUUGCUACAUGGACCUAUGAACACCAGUGACCUCAAAUUCAGUGUCACACAGUUAAGCAUCGCAAUGGGGAACCUCACUGUGGUUUUAAAAGGAGAACAUGAUCUGAUUACAGACGGAAGCGAAGUUAUUCCCUGCAGCAUUGAAGGAAGUGGCCGGCGUUGCGGGGGACAAGGGGAUCUUCUUUCAGGAUCUAUGGGAGUGAUGGCACAUUGGGCCCAUAGUGUUUCCAUUGCUGAAAUCUUUAGAGGUAUGAAUCCAUCAGUGGUUGCAGCGUAUGGGGCUUGUUCUCUUACCAGACAGUGCAACAAUCAAGCUUUUCAGAGAAAUGGCAGAUCCACCACUACAUCAGAUAUGAUUCAGGAGAUUGGCUCUGCUUUCAAAAAGUUAUUUGAAAGUUGAAAUGUAACAUAAAUAAAAGUUUGGAUUAUUCUGUUAUUU